AUGCCUCCUCGCCAGCAAACCGCAACGGUUGCAGACGUGAGUGAAGUGGUUAAGAAACCUUGGUUGGCCGAAUCUAUUAACGCUUCUGGGGUGAUUGAGCGGUGGAUCCGGAGUGGCACGUCCACAAGAGUAAGUCCUAGUGCAGCUACCUUGCCGGUAUUCCGAGAUGUAAGAAAGCAUGGGAGGAUAGAGGUUCAUCAUCCGGCGGAAGGGUCAUUCCAAAAGAGGGUGCUUACCUUAAGUGAAGUUCGAACAAGUGACAGUGACGUAGUAGUGGGAACCUUCCUUGUGCAAUCCGUUCCGGCAACAGUCUUGUUCGAUUCAGGAGCGUCUAACUCGUUUGUAUCACCCGGACUCGUGAAGAAGUUGGGCUUAUCUGGGGGCACGGGAGUGAAGUUUAACGUGAAGGUAGCAUCGGGAGAAGUUAAGACGUGUGACCGUCUCUUUGAGGGCAUCAAGAUCAACAUCAAGGGAGAAGAGUUCCCUAGCGAUCUAAUCCAGUACGACUUGGACGGGAUAGAUGUGGUCUUAGGUAUGGACUGGUUGGGGCGAUUUAGAGCCCAAAUCCUGUGCAAAGAUCAGAAGGUGGUGCUACGAGGACCCAGUGGGAAAAGGGUGUCAUAUCGGGGAAAGAUGGAAGAACCCGGGAUUAAGCUAGUGUCUAUGACAAAGAUGAAGAGGUAUAUGGAUAAAGGCAAUGAGUUAUACUUGUGUUCGGUCGAGAACUUGAAGGCAAAAGGAGAGGUAGCUCAAUCUAUACCCGUUGUCCGUGAAUUUCUUGAUGUAUUUCCCGAGGAAAUACCGGGUAUGCCUCCUACUAGGGAAGUGGAUUUCUCAGUGGACCUUAUGCCAGGCACGACACCCAUUUCUAAGGCCCCAUAUCAUUUGGCUACGCCAGAAAUGCAAGAGUUGAAGACCCAAUUACAAGAACUCCUUGACAAAGGUUAUAUCCGGCCAAGUACAUCGCCAUGGGGAGCUCCGGUUUUGUUUAUAAAAGUAGCAGACAAGGACAUUCCUAAGACUGCGUUUCGAACUCGGUACGGUCACUACGAGUUUACGGUUAUGCCGUUUGGGUUGACUAAUGCCCCUGCAGUUUUUAUGGACUUGAUGAACAGGGUGUUCAAACCCCACCUCGAUGAUUUUGUGAUCGUGUUCAUCGACGAUAUUUUGGUCUAUUCGAAAGAUAAGAGGGUGCAUGUUGGACAUCUUCGGACGGUACUUCAAAUCUUGAGGGAGAAGCAGUUAUACGCCAAGCUCUCUAAGUGUGAGUUUUGGAAAGACAAUGUGACGUUUCUAGGCCAUGUGAUUGAUAGUAGGGGGAUUUCUGUGGAUCCGGACAAGAUACGGGCAGUGAAAGAUUGGACUGUACCUUCAUCGAUGGCGGAAGUAAGAAGUUUUCUUGGUUUAGCGGGUUAUUAUCGAAGGUUUGUUUUGGAUUUCACCAAGGUGGCUCAACCAUUGACUAAGUUAUUAAGGAAAGAAGUGCCUUUCGUUUGGGAUCAAGAUUGUGAGUUAGCAUUUCGAGAUUUGAAGGAGAGGCUCAUGACUGCACCAUUCUUAAUAUUGCCAUCAGGAACGGAAGGGUUUGAGGUAUAUAGUGAUGCGUCCAAGAAAGGACUAGGUUGUGUGUUGAUGCAAAAUGGGAGAGUGAUUGCUUACACCUCACGCCAGCUUAAAGUUCACGAAGAGAAUUACCCUACACACGAUUUGGAAUUGGCCGCCGUAGUGUUUGCUCUGAAGAUUUAG